AUGCAUCCCACCUUACUUAUAAUAACCACAACCCUUUUAAUCAUCUUCACACUGCUUGCAAUCCCAAUCAUUUCAACCCUUUCCCCUCAACCCUUGUCAACCAGCUGACCUCUUACAUCUGUUAAAACCGCUGUCAAAAUAUCCUUCCUCACUAGUCUCCUACCUCUUUUCUUAUUUCUGAACGAAGGAACAGAAGCCAUUAUUACCACUUGAUCCUGGAUAAACUCAUACACCUUUGAUAUCAGUAUUAGCCUAAAAUUUGACCUCUACUCGAUCCUCUUCACCCCUAUUGCUCUUUACGUUACAUGGUCCAUUCUAGAAUUUGCCUCAUGGUAUAUGCACUCAGACCCGUACAUCAGCCGAUUCUUCAAAUACCUUUUAUUAUUUCUUAUUGCUAUAAUCGUUUUAGUUACCGCUAACAAUAUAUUUCAGCUAUUUAUUGGCUGAGAAGGAGUUGGUAUCAUAUCUUUCCUUUUAAUUGGGUGAUGAUACGGACGAGCAGACGCAAAUGCAGCAGCACUUCAAGCUGUGCUUUACAACCGCGUAGGGGACAUUGGUCUCGUAUUAGCAAUAGCCUGAAUGGCUAUAAACCUCAACUCCUGAGAAAUAACCCAAAUCUUUACUAUCGCCGAGAGUAAAGACCUCACCCUUCCGCUCAUAGGACUUGUCCUGGCUGCGACAGGAAAAUCAGCCCAAUUUGGUUUACACCCUUGGCUGCCUUCCGCUAUGGAAGGCCCUACUCCGGUAUCUGCCCUACUACACUCAAGCACAAUAGUCGUAGCAGGUGUUUUCCUACUAAUUCGCCUGAGCCCUCUUAUAGAAGGUAAUAACACCGUGUUAACUACAUGCCUAUGCCUGGGCGCACUAACUACGCUCUUUACAGCCUUAUGUGCUCUUACACAAAAUGAUAUCAAAAAAAUCGUAGCAUUCUCCACAUCAAGUCAACUAGGCCUGAUAAUAGUAACCAUUGGGCUUAAUCAACCACAAUUAGCAUUUCUACAUAUCUGUACACAUGCUUUCUUCAAAGCCAUACUCUUCCUUUGUUCUGGCUCCAUUAUUCACAGCCUUAAUGACGAACAAGACAUUCGCAAAAUAGGAGGAUUACACCAACUCACCCCCUUCACUUCUUCCUCCUUAACCUUGGGGAGUCUUGCCCUAACUGGAACUCCUUUCCUAGCAGGAUUUUUCUCGAAAGAUGCAAUCAUUGAAGCACUUAACACCUCAUACCUAAACGCCUGAGCCCUUGUCCUAACACUUCUAGCCACCUCUUUUACCGCCGUCUACAGCCUCCGAGUAGUCUACUUUGUGACUAUAGGUCUCCCCCGCUUUACCCCCUUACCCCCUAUUAAUGAAAAUAACCCUUCAGUUAUUAACCCUAUUAAACGCCUAGCAUGAGGAAGCAUUAUUGCAGGACUACUUAUCACCUCGAAUAUAGCCCCCAUUAAAACACCCGUCAUAACCAUGCCCCCUUUAUUCAAACUAGCCGCACUCAUCGUCACUGUUAUUGGACUUCUCCUGGCCUUAGAACUAGCCCUUCUUGCCUCCAAACAACUCUUUAUAAGCCCCAAACGGUCCCCCCACCUGUUCUCCAACAUGCUAGGCUUCUUCCCCACACUUAUUCACCGCCUUCCUCCUAAUCUUUCUUUAGUCUUAGGACAAAACAUCGCCUCACAGACUAUUGACCUCACAUGGCUAGAGAAGGUCGGACCUAAAGCAUCCUCUACCCUAAAUCUUCCCCUUAUUACUUCAACAAGCAAUGCUCAAAAAGGUGCCAUUAAAACCUUUCUCAUACUCUUCACCCUUACCUUAACCUUAGUCCUACUAACCCUUCUCUAG